CUGCCGACGCGAGUGGCAGGAUAGAGCGGCUAACAAAAAAAAGGACAAGCGGCUAAAAAAAGGACGAAACAACCCAGGAUUUACGGAGCGAGUGCGAGACCACCUAAUGCUCAUUGAAAUUUACGAUUAUGCUGCGAAAUUAUUAAACAAUAUGACCGCCAGAGGAGUCAGGAAUUCAGUGGGAAAAGCAGGGAAAGCCGAAGCAGCCGAGAGCCGUACUAAGGAAUCAACAGGGAAAUUGGGCAGCCUGCUUGGCCGCACACUGGCCAAAGUGGCCCGCUCCAAUCCCGCCCAGCACGUGACCAAUCUGCCCGUUUCCGCACUCCUGCUCCAGGCCCUCGACGUGGCGGACGUGGCCCGCGGACAGGGAAUCGAUUAUCCCAUCACUAGCAUCACCAGCAUCAGCACCACCUUCAACACCACCAACACCACCACCACGGGCAGUGACCAAACGGAUGUGCUUGGCGGUCAGCCGCCGGCGUUCUCAUUUCCCGCCAACGUCACUGGAGCAUCGGGAAGUGCGGGGGAUGCGGACGCAUACCUGCCCACGGGCAAUCUCAGCGGUUUCAUCGAAUCCUCAACGACGGCGGUGAUGGGCACACUGCCCAUUCCGCUGCCAAUCCCCACCAGCACCAUGGCCACGCUCCAGGCCCAAACGGUGGCCAACUUCAUCGCCGCCACCGGCAGCAAGAAUCGCCCAACGACCAUCGUUGUCUACCCAACGGUUUCACCCGAGUCGAUUGUCAUCCCGAUCGUCUCCUGUAUCUUCGGCUUCCCCAUCCUGGCGCUCCUGGUGAUCUGUUGCCUGCGAAGGAGGGCCAAGUUGGCCAGGGAGAGGGACAGGAGGCGGAACUACGAUAUGCAGGACCAUGCCGUCAGCCUGGUCAGAUUUAGUCCAAUACAUAGGCUUAAUUACCGAUCGUCGCGAGCUAUCAGUCUACGUCCUGAACGAAGCCUAAGCCAGGGCUUCACCUCUCUGGAGCUGGACACUGUGCUGGAGGAGCGCUGCAGCGACGUGGAGCAAACGCAGACGGAGAUGUUCAACGCGGAGUCGCCGAUGGACACCACCUCCUACAAGAUGUCCUUCUCCUCGAGCUAACAGUUAACCAAACAGCAGCAACUGGAGCAGGCAUCGCCCCAGGCCGAGAUCCGAGAUCCCCAAGCAGAGCGCCAGGAGCCGGGUCUUAAGGUUCCGCCGGCCAGGUCGCCGUCACAGCUGGCUCCACCGCCACAGCUGCGCAAGACGGCCAGUGUGCGCGAUGAUCCUGCUGGUCUGGCCAAGCGGCGAAGUCGCCUCCAGGAGAUCCGGGAUGCCAGCAGCAGUGCAGGUGGUGGUGGUGUCGGCGAGGCAGCUGCCGCCUUCACCAAGCGGGAAUCGAAGCGGGAUCGUCGACGUGGAGGCGGAGCAGUAGCAGCAGCAGCAGCAGGAAGAGGUAGCAGCGGCAGUGGAUCCCAGUCGCCCACCAUGCGCAAGUCGCAUUCACUGGACGCCGCCGAGAGCUACUCGUUGGCCAGCAUCCAGGCUCCGCUCUGGGUGACCCUCACCAAUGCCCGCACCAUCGAUGAGCUGGCCCAGCAGAAGAUGUGAGCUCCAGUUGCAUCUGCAUCUCCAUCAGAUUUCUUCAGUUAGCAAACCUCCGACAGUGUCUACAGAGCCCCGCCCACUUAGAAAUCGUGUAAAUGUUUAGAUGAAUUUCAGAUUAGUCACAUUACCGACACAAACGAGCUACUUGCAUCAAUAACUAAAGCUAAACCAAUUUAAUGAAGUUAAAGACCAAACAGAAAUAGUAAAACAAAGCUAAUAAUAAAGUGUAAAAAAUUUAAAUUCACCUAAAACACAAGUCUUUUAUCUUACUCUAAUCGAUGAUUUCAUCUGAGGCUUUAAGUACUGGUUCAUUUUCAUUACAAUGUGCUUUUUUUUGUAAUGGGGUCAUAAAAAAGAUGAACAUGCCCCAAAAGUGGGGGCUUUGGAUAACACCCAGCACCCUUUCGUGAUGCACUGCAUCCUUAGCGGGGAGCGGGGCUUCGAUGAUCGCUCGGUUUGAACGGACGGAACGAAUUCUGGAGUGGUGCCCCAUUUUAUACAAACUAAUUUGCAUAUGUUAAACUCCUCGAAAAAGAUAUAUAUUUUUUAGAAGGCAUGUGGUUGAACUUAUUCAAUAUCAAAUGAAUAAUAUAUUUUAUAUAUACAUUUCAGCUGAUUAAACAAAUUGUGGCUUUAAAAUCCGUUGACGUGGCGUUUUAUGUGUUCCCUCAAUUUAGCAUUUGUGCAUAAUUUACCCACAUGAGGCGUCUGAUUACAAAAGCCAAGCUGACUUCAUUUUUUUUUUUUUUUUUUUUUUUUUUUUAUUUAAAUUAUCAUGUAUACAUACGAAGAACUUAAAAUACAAGUUUAAUUUCUUUAUCAAAAUACAUUGUUAUACAAUUUUCUUAGUUGUUGUCGCUUGCAUGCUUGGGGUUUAUUUAACGAAUUGGUUUUUAUCGAUAUUACAUAUUUAAAUCUCCUCUCCUCGUUCCAAUCUCCCUUACUUAGUUAAUCAUAGAUUUAGUUUAGCUUUGCACACCGCGUUUAGUUAUCGUUUUAUAAUCAUGUAUAUAUAUAUA